AUUUGCAUGGAGAGCAGGCUCCUCCAAGCUCUCCCUCCCUCCCCACCAGGGCUAGCUGUCCAGGGCUGAAGUCCAGCAGCAGGUGCCAGCACAAGCCCGUGUGUGCCUGGAGCCAGCUCACCCUUCCUGGAGGCAAUGCCCCGUGCCUUCUUGGUCAGGAGUCGGCGUCCGCAGCCACCCAACUGGAGCCACCUGCCUGACCAGCUCCGGGGAGAUGCUUAUGUCCCAGACUGCAGCAGCCUGGGAAGACCACCAACACAGCAGUCAUCCAGCCCUGGGGACCAUUGGGGAGCGCCCACACAGGGCACUGUACCUAUAGCUCCCAAGGGCCCCAGGGCACUUGGCUGUCCGCUCUGCACCAAGGCUUUCCCACUGCAGCGCAUGCUGACGCGCCACCUCAAGUGCCAUAACCCGGCACGCCGCCACGUGUGCCACUACUGCGGCAAGGGCUUCCACGACGCCUUUGAUCUCAAGCGCCAUAUGAGGACACACACAGGGAUCCGGCCGUUCCGCUGUGGAUCAUGUGGCAAAGCGUUUACGCAGCGCUGCUCACUGGAAGCACACCUCGCCAAGGUGCACGGGCAGCCGGCCAGCUACGCUUAUCGUGAGCGCCGGGAGAAGCUGCACGUGUGCGAGGACUGCGGCUUCACCAGCUCUCGACCCGACGCCUACGCGCAGCACCGCGCCCUGCACCGCACGGCCUGA